AUGGCACGCCAGAUUCCAUGUGAGGGUGACGACACUGCUUAUAUUCUGUUCCUUGAAGACUCUCUUCGCCAAUCAUCUCAACAGUCUACCUACAUUGGAAUAUCAUCGGCCCAGCGGACUGCAACGGAGUCCGUAAUCAGGACGAGGUCUUUGAAAUACCUUGUCGCCACACCCGUGAAAAUCAAAUUGCAAGGGAAACCGAAACCCAUGACAGUAGCACACAACCCGCCCCGGAAUAUCUUAAUCAGCAGCGACACCUACGCAAAGAUUGUGGCGAUGCCGCGGCUUUCGAGAUCACCUCAUACAUUCCAGAAGGUUCCCCUGACCCAGAAGUAA